GCGACGCGCUCCAAGUCCGCACGCUUGGAGCCGGCGGCCAGCAGCUGAGGAUUCCCGCCCGCGGCGGGCAGGUGAGGUGGAACAGGUGUCCGCGCCGCGCGCUGCGGGGCAGGAGUUGACAGGCUGGCAGAGCCCGCGCUCGGGCAGCCGGCGUCCCUGUACAGCGCUGGCGGCCGCGUCUCGGCUGUUGCAUCUGCGGCGCUCGGGCUUCCUGGCUCUCCAGGCUGCUUUGCACUAGUCCUGCGCCUUCCCGGCGCUGUUCGGUAGAAGCGUCUGACUGGUGGACUGCUGCGCUUCUGCACUGCCCAGGGCGUCCAGCCCUGGGACGUGGCCAGCCUGGCUUUGUCCCUAACGGUCCUGCUUUGUGUUUGUGGACUCUACGGCCUUAGGUUUCUGGAACUGUAUUCUUAAACACAUCUGGGGCCCCUGGGACAGUUCCAGCCAAAGUGAGUUUGCGCCCUGGACCCUGCUGGAACAAAGUAAUUACUGCGAUGAGGAGGGUGCUUCAGGGACAGGUAUGACAUGCACCCCCGCCCUCCCAAACCUCUGACCCGAGAUCUGUCAAGAGUUUCUGAGAAGGGGCCGAAGAGACCUAGAAAAGGGAUGAGGCUUGAGUGAUUUCACCACGUUCGGAAGCCAUUAAAGACUGUGAGUCAUUUGGCAGACAGAAGGGAGCCAGGACUGAGUGGUGGCCAGGGCCAGAUAGUGCGAGAAAGGCCACCUCACUCUUUGGCAGGAUGCUCAGGGGAAGCUUCUAUCUUUAGCUUACCCUAAACAGCAUCCCCCUCGCCCCCACCUUUAUUCGUCUCUAAUUCUUUACAGAAGCCAGGCAGCUGUUAACCACCAUCACCGUGUCUGGCACCAGAGAUGUGGUGGACUUAGUCUUUCUUGACCUUAUGGGGUCAGAGGAGGAGUAGCCUAGGGAAGGUUUGCCAGGCUAUCCAAUUUUCUCUAUUUUGAAAGAAGGAAAGAAAAAAUAAUGUGUGUGUGGGUGGGGCCAGACCUCAAAUGGGAAAUGAUUUGUUUCAGAUUAGUAGCUCCUGAAUAGAAGUCUGAGUCCGCCAAUGCUAUCCACAGAGUAAAAUUGAAAUAUGUUGCAAUUAAAAGAUCCUUUUGGGAAACUACAGUCAAAUUAGAUUUACUUUUGUGUGUGUGUGUGAGAGAGAGAGAGAGAGAGAGAGUGUGUGUGUGUGUGUGUGUGUGUGUGUGUUGCUAGGGAUUGAACCCAGGGCCUCGUGUAUGGGAGGCAGGCACUCUACCAACUGAGCUAUGUCCCUAGCCACCUACAGUCAAAUUAGAACUGACAGUUUUAUAAAAGAUCUAUUCUUAUAACACCUAACCUUUCCCCAAAAACUUUAUGUGGAUUCUUGUGUUUGAGUAUUAACAUUAUUCAUAGUAAAAGUACAGCCUUGAAGCUGCCUACCCCCAAACUGCAUCUCAGUUUUCAUGUAGGUGUGGUAGGUCAUCUUCUGAGAUGCUGGCCUUUUGCAAUCAAUUCUGUUUCAAAUAUGUAUUAGUGAGAGGGGACAUGCACUGAUAAGCAUUAGAGGCUUAAUUAAGCUUCAUGAAAUCAGAUUGGAGUGGCAAAGGGACGUGGGGUUGUUUCCCUGCUGUCCUUGUGCAGAAUCAAAGGUCACAAGCUGGUGUGUAGGGGUUUUAGGGAGAACUUAGCAAGUGUAGCCCUGACAGAUCUCAUUCUUUUCCUCUUUCCUCCUCUUCCAGGUUUGCUCUUUGAAGAACAGGUUUCUGAGCUCUUAGAGGAAUAUCAGAAAAUGAACAAAUUUCAGAUUGACCAGGAAAGUGCCGUCCAGGGAUCUGUGUCAUUCGAUGAUGUGACUGUGAAUUUCAGCCCGGACGAGUGGCUAUGCCUGAGCAGUACUCAGAGGAUCCUGUACCGGGAUGUGACGCUGGAGAACUACAGCCACCUGGUCUUCGUGGGAUAUUGUCUCACCAAACCAGACGUGAUCCUCAGGUUGGAGCAAGGAGAAGAUCCAUGGACAUUAGAGGGAGAGCAUCCAGGCCAGGCUCAUCCAAAAGCCCAGAAGCUAAGUGAUCUGGUAAAGAGAAGCCAGGAAAACCCAGACGAACACUUGUGCUGUGCGUCCCUCCUACACGACAACACACUGUGUAAGAAGAGAGAGAACAUUUGUGGAAACACACUUAAUCAGGACACAAACCCUGUUUCUUCAGGAAAAACACCCUGUGAAAAUGACUCACAUGGAGCGAGUGUGAAAUGUAUUUCAGAAUCAAGUGUUACUGAUAAAAAUGAUUCAAGUAGGAACUCCAGUGCACUCACUGAACAUGGGAAGUUGCCUCUUGGCUGUGAGCAAGAAAACAAUCAGACUGAGCAGAAGUCUGAUGCGUGUAACCACGGUGAGGAAUCUCUGGGUGGUAAUGAGGGUCUUACUGAGCAACAGGAAGUUCAAGCUGUGGGACCACCUUUGGAAGAUAAUGAUGGUGGAGAAGCUGUCCCUGAGCAGGCAGCCACCACCUCACCCCAGACGACAGAGGCAGGAGAGAAGCCCUGUGACCACAAGGAACCCACAGGAAGUACCAGUGCCAAGUCAGUCCCUGACAUCCCUCAAGAAUGUCAGACGAGGACAGAUGGCUCUGAAGUUAAUGGGUGUGAGAAGUCAGUGGUUUGUGAGGACCAGCAAGUUAACAUGGAGGAGAAAACCCAGGAAGCCAGUGAAAAUGAGGGUGCCAGCAAGGAGCCCCAUCUCACUCAAGCUCCUGGAACUGGCACAGGGGAGAACACCUUUGAAUGCAGUCGUUGCAAGAAAUCUUUUCGCCAGGAGUCCCAACUUACUAACCAUCAGAGGACCCAUACACAAGAGAAACCUCAUAAAAGUAGUAAACGUGGGAAAACCUUCCAGAAAUCACAGCUCACUGACUCGAAGAGAACUAACCGAAGACAGAAACGCCGUGAACAGAAGGCACGUGGAAAAGCCCCUGUGAAGUCCCCUCUUGGGGACCAGCAGGGGACACAGCCAGGAAAGAAGCUGUAUGUGUGUGAUGACUGUGGGAAACCUUUCCACUAUCGCUCAGCCCUCAAAGUCCAUCAGCGGAUCCAUACGGGAGAGAAGCCCUAUAAGUGCCAUGAGUGUGGGAAGUCCUUCUAUGCCAAGUCUAACUUCACUCAUCAUCAAAGAAUCCACACAGGAGAGAAGCCCUUUGAAUGUCAGGAAUGUGGGAAGUCCUUCUCUGUGAAGUCAAACCUCACCAAACACCAGAAGACACACACGGGGGAGAAGCCUUUCAAGUGUAGCGAAUGCGAGAAAACCUUCUUCCAGAAGUCACAAUUUGCUGACCAUCAGAGAACCCACACAGGGGAAAAACCCUACACAUGUACUGAGUGUGGGAAGUCUUUUUACUAUAAGUCAGCCCUACAUGUCCAUCAGGGGAAGCACAGAGAAGAGAAGCCUUACAAAUGUACUGAGUGUGAGAAAUCCUUCUGCUAUAAGUCAGCCCUGAUUAUACAUCAGGUAACUCACACAGGGAAGAAACCCUACGACUGUAAUGAGUGUGGGAAAACCUUUUGUGUGAAGUCAAAUCUCACUAAACACCAGAAAAUUCACACAGGAGAGAAACCCUAUACAUGUAAUGAGUGUGGCAAAUCUUUCUCUAUGAAUUCAAUCCUUGUUGUACACCAUCGGACCCACACAGGGGAGAAACCUUACAAAUGCAAUGAGUGUGAGAAAUCCUUUUACAAAAAGUCAGCUCUUACUAAACAUCAGAGAACUCACAGCGGGGAGAAACCACAUGAAUGUUCUGAAUGUGGGAAGUCUUUUCAUAUGAAAUCCACCCUCAUUAUACACCAGAGAACUCACACUGGAGAGAAACCUUACAAAUGUAAUGAAUGUGAAAAGUCAUUCUACGUGAAGUCUCACCUUAAUAUCCAUCAGAGGAAUCACACAGGAAAGAAACCCCAUGUAUGUGGUGAAUGUGGGAAAGCCUUUACCAUGAAGUCAAACCUCACCGAUCAUCAGAGGACGCACUCAGAGGAGAGACCUUACAAAUGUAACGAGUGUCAGAAAGCCUUUCGCCACAAGUCAACCCUAACUGUACAUAAGAGAACUCAUACAGGGGAGAAACCUUACAAAUGUAAUGACUGUGGGAAAUCCUUCUAUAUGAAGUCAGCCCUCAGUCAACAUCAGAGAAUACACACAGGCGAGAAGCCCUAUGAUUGUAAACAGUGUGGGAAAGCCUUCUUCCAGAAGUCACACCUCACUAAACACCAUCGGACACACACAGGAGAGAAGCCCUAUGAAUGUAAGGAAUGUGGGAAAACCUUCUUCCAGAAGUCACACCUCAUUGAACACCAGCGAACACACACUGGGGAGAAACCCCAUGAGUGUAAUGAAUGUGGGAAAUCCUUCUGCUAUAAGUCAGCCUUAACCAUACAUCAGAGAAUUCACUCGGAUGAGAAACCCUACAAAUGUAGUGAAUGUGACAAGUCUUUCUGUAUGAAAUCACACCUCACUGUACAUCAGAGAACUCACUCAGGGAAACAACCCUUUGAAUGUUAUGAAUGUGGAAAGGCUUUUUAUGUGAAGUCAAACCUCAUCAACCACCAGCGGACUCACACCGGGGAGAAGCCUUAUAUAUGUAGUACAUGUGGGAAAUCCUUUGGUAUGAAAUCGGCCCUCACAGUUCAUCAACAGGGACACACAGGGGAGAAGCCCUAUGCAUGUAAUAAAUGUGGGAAAGCCUUCUGCAAGAAGGCAGCUCUCACUAGUCAUCAGGUGAUUCACAGGAGAAUGACACCCUGAAUUUUAAUAAAUGUAUCGCUUCCUCCUGUGUGGAGUCAGACUUUGUCGCACCAGGAGGACUUGCUGGAGGUGACGUGAAUGUAAUCACGUGGCAGCCCUCAUGUGUAACUUCAGUCUUCAGCAUAAGGGAGACAGGCUAGGUGACUCUCUACAAAAUGAAUAUGGGAAGACUUUGUGUCAUGUCUUAACUAAAUGUCAGAGGACUCAAAUGGGAGAGCGCCCUGAGACAUCCUGUGUACAUUAGUAUCCACCAACAUAUCAAGUGCACAUUGCAGAGAAGGCACGGGGAAAAGUGAACAGUGAAAGUGUAAAGCCUUUUAUGGUCACAGCUUACUGCACAUCAGGUAACUGAUAUGGGUGUGAAAUUGUGUGGGCAUUUCAUAUGCACAUAAGCUCCAAAGUAAUCAAACUAAAUAGAAAAAGUAAAUAGAAAAACACUAAGGGAACAUUAUUAAUUUAGGUGAUGGGCACUCCUGAUGCUUCUGGAAAUGUAAUGCUGAAGUCAUGUUUCAGACUUGAUUCCAAAUUUUGAAAAUAUGAUGUAAGAUGUGUCUAAUCUUUGGAUGAUAAAGGUUUUUGAAAAACACAAGUUGCUGCAGCAAGCAGCAGUUAUUUGAAGAGGACCUGAGGUGAGUAGGGCUUCUGAAUGUGAGUAGGUAGCAUGCUUAUGUUGUGUACCUUUGGUUUUCAUGGUGAAACUCAGUGCAGUUGCCAGUGAAAAAUGUUACCCCACAGCUUAAUAACUGUUAGGACAGACUUCCCACACUGAUGCCACCAAUGCUUCUUUGUAGCUUAACAGUGCAAUAUGCAUUGAGUGACAUUUGACAAAUUUGAGUACUGUACCACAGCAUAUUAUUAAACUGAGGAAAGCAAAAUAUAAGAAACUAUAUGUAGCUUGUUAUCUUUUAUGUAAGAGUUGAGGGGACAUGUGUAUGUAUACGUAUACCUUUUUAUGAAGUUUUGACUUUUGAAAAUGAUUAUUUAUAUGUGCAAAAGGAAAUAAAAGCAGGCUUUAAAAUUGAAAAUGAAGAGAAUACUCAAGGUUAUUUCACAUGGGUAAAUCAACCACACAGAAAUUAUCAGAGACUUUUGAACACAGUAUCAUAACUAUACAUCCUUAGUUGGAACAUUUUUCAGGAACAAGAAGGGUCAAAGAAAAUGAUAAUGUCACUCAUUAAUUUCCAUGGUAGUAAUAUUGAUGCUAUUUUUAACCUAUUUUGUGUAUAUUUUAGGAUGAAGCAAAAAAGAGCCAAAAAUUCCAGUUUAAGAGGUGACAAGAACUCCAAUUCUUCAGGGAAAACUCUCCGUAGUGAUAAAUAUGAGUUGGAAACUUAAAAAAAUUAUUUCCACAUCUGUUCAUUGACAGGGCCUUUAAAAAGUGUUACCAGGGCUGGGGAUGUGGCUCAAACAGUAACGCGCUCGCCUGGCAUGCGCGGGGCUCUGGGUUCGAUCCUCAGCACCACAUAAAAUAAAGAUGUUGUGUCCACUGAAAACUGAAAAAUAAAUAUUUAAAAAAGUGUUACCAGUAUAGUGAUCAGUAGAUUCUGUGCCUAGCAUUGCCACCAAGGGAACGGAAACUCUGUGGAGGAAUAGCUGGUGAUUUGGGGUCCUGAGGCAUCCACAGUGAGCCUGGGGCCUCCUGGAUAGGAAACCAAGGAAAUGCUCAGAUUGAAGGGCAAUGAAAGAACACAGCAGCUAGCUUGGAGGGGCUCCACUGGCCAAAUUAGAAGUAAUUUGAUGAUCAAGAAGGAUGACUGUAACUGAUUGAACAGUUUUAAUAAACAAAAAUCUGAGUCUGCAGUAAUCUCCACACAUAAGAGGGGCCAAAAUAAUCUAUGAGCUAAUACAGGCAGAAGGAAUGGUAGAAUUUUAGAACCUGCUAGUAGCAUCCCCUAGAGCAUCUAGGUAAAGAUCACAGAGCACAUGGGUGUGAACACAGUUGCAUCUUGUGAUUCAGGGCUGGGUGGGUGGAGGCUGUGAGCUGAUGGAAGACCUCACUCUGCUGGGAAGGGCUCAGUGAAUCAGCUUUGCCACUGAGAGAAUCCAAGCCUGUUGGAGUUAAGAUUCUUUGGUUAUUUGGAGCUAUAAGACAUCCUCACUUUGAAGAGGGAUACCUUUUUAAAAAUGUAAUUCAGGUUCUGAACUGUACUCAGCGGUAGAGGGUGUGCUUAGCAAGCACGAGGCCUGGGUUCAGUCUCCAGUUACCAUUCCUCCAAUUAUGUAAUUUACAAGAACACUCUAUGGCUGUUUGGGGAGAAAAUUAUUUCAGCAUUUGUUUUCUGUUCUGUAAAUGUCCAUGUCAUAAGGAGAUAUUAUUUCUUUUUUAAAAAAUAUUGUUAGUUGUAGAUGGAUACAAUACCUUUAUUUAUCUUUAUGUGGUGCUGAGGAUGGAACCCAGUGCCUCACAUGUGCUAGGCGAGCACUCUACCACUGAGCCACAACUCAGCCCUGAGAUAUUAUUUCUUGUUUGAAAGAAAGAUAGUGCUGGGAAUUUCCUUUGGGGACCUAGUUAUGUAUAAGUAUCCUUAUUUAUCUUUAUACAAAACAGUCCUUUAAAAAAACAAACACAUGACUCAUUGACCUUUUUCUGAGAGUCUCACUGUGCUGCCCAGGCUGGUCUCAAACUCCCAAAUCAGCCAUCCUCCUGCCUCAGUCUUUCCAGUAGCUGGGCACAGUAGUUGUGUGCACAGGCCCAGCUUCCUUUUUCCAUUUUAAAAAUAAGCUGUGGUUUGAUUUAAGGAUCUGAUCUUUUCCCAAUGAAUUGCUAUUUUUCCUCAUGCCAUUUAAUGAAUCCAUCCUUUUUUGUUUCUGAUUUGAAAUACUAUCUUUAUCUUGUACUAAGCUGCUGAGCCCCAGGGCUGGCCUGUGUGCCCUGGAGACCAGUCACCAUCCCACCAUGUCGUCCAGCUUGGUUUUUCAGGGUGAGCCAGUGUGGGUUUUCGUGAGGGGUUUGUGAUGAGAGGUCAUUACAGAGCUGUAUUUUCUUUGCUUUGACUCUGGAGUUGCAUUGGUUUUCUCUUCAGUUGUGUGUGUGUGUGUGUGUGUGUGUGUGUGUGUGUGUGUGUGUAUAUACUGGGAAUGAAAC